AUGGCCCUUUCUGGGCCCGUACCCAAUUUGGGCAGCCCGUUCCAAACGAAUGGCAUGCCACAUAUGUUCUUCAAACAGACCGGUCAUGUCGAAAAUGUGAUAUGUAGUGCGGGACGCUAUCGACUCUACCCUAUUAAGGAUGUAAGUGUGAUAUCAGGUCAGAAAGUUCGUAGAAAUAAAUAAAAUGGUAGAGUAACUUAUAAAAAUAAGGAACGAUCAAAAUGUUCAGAGAUAUUAAUUUUUGCCUCUACAGGUCAAGAAGUUUAUAGAAAUACUCCAAAAUAAGGCAAUAAGUGACGAUAUGACCAUGAAAAAUUAUGUAGAUUAUAUUGAAAUAUACAAUAAUAUAUAGAAAAUAUACACAAUGCGAAAUAAAAAAUAAUUUUUAGCGCCGCAACAAGAUACGGAAAUGCUACAUAGCGCUACGAUCGUUCAUGUGUGAGAUAUACAAAAAUUCUCGCGAAUUCGAUAAAGGAGAAGCCGGUCGACAUAUCAUUGAUUUGAGGACGGUUUUCAAUGUUUGUAAAGUCGUAAGUCUUAAAAAACUUUGGGGUACAGCAUAAAAAAUUUGCGAUACAGUAUUGUACUAUAUAGCACCAAGACUUAAAAAUUUUGAUUUCUAAGCACUGCGUUUUUGUAGGGUAAUAUACAGUUCAGAGAAUCACAAAAAUUUUAAUUUUGUGCAUUAUACCAUAGUAUGGUACUAUUUAGUACGAAAAAUAUAAAAACGUGUUUUUUAUAUUUUAGACUAGAAUAUGAUACUAUAUAUAGUAGAAAUAGAGUAUCGUAACGCUUUUUAUGUUAAGCAAUUUAGUAUCGUACUAUAUAGCACCAAAAAUUCAAACAUUAGGUUCUCAAGCGUCAUGCUUUCGUAGUAUAAUAUACAGUACAAAUUAUCAUAAUUUACACUAGAAUAUACUACUAUAUGUAGUACUAAUUGAGUAUAAUGAUGAUUUUCACGUUUAACGAUACAGUAUCAUACUAUAUAGUACCAACAAUGUAAAAAAUAUUUUUAUUUUUAAAAAUUCAGUAUUAGCCAAUUAUCAUCACCUUUAGCAAAAAAAAUAUAAAAAUGCUAUUCCAGGACGACCCAGUUGGUCUAAAAACCAAAAUCAUAUCAGUGAUGACCCCAUCCGACACAUUUUACAUUUCCAUCGAUGAGAACGCUGUUUCCUUUGACAAUUUCUUUGUCGAGUUCCGUGACCGAUGUCGUGAAGCACGAGCUGAGCGUCUGAACCGACAAGUACUGGAAGAGGAGUACUUUAGCGCGGCGUGGGAUGUUGAGGUAGUUCAGAAGCCGAAGCUGCGGCUGAGGGCUAAUGAUACGGCUGGUCAUGAUGAUUUGGCUAGCCGGUGUCCACACAUGUUGGGAAGGAGACGGUUAUGUGUCAAGUCGGCUUCAAUCACGUUGUUUAAGUUGGAUGUGGAGCCGUUGGCGGAUGCUUCGAUGGCUGAGAAUGCGUUUUGUGUCCAGGAUUAUCAUGACUUUCCGGUAGGGCUUUUAAAACUGCAAUUUUUGAGUUUGUAAAGAAAGUUCUUGCCAUUUUUUGGCACGUAAUGAAAGUUAUUGCGAUUUUACAUUUUGUAAAGAAAGUUCCUGCAAUUUUUUUGUAUUGUAACACAAGCUUAUCAUAUGCAUUAAAAUCUUCCCAUUUACAGUUAAGUACAGUAUCAAAAUACGGUAGUCAAGAUAAGUAUGUGAUAAUACGAAACGGCCGUUGUUCUUCGUAUGGACCGGGUGAUUUGUGGUUAUUGACCGAGUCCAUGUAUAUGGCAUCGAACAUACGAACGCGGAUGUCAGAGCUGUAUCUGGAAGAAGCGGAAAUGAGGCGAAGUCAGGGUAUUCACCUUGGAUUGUGGGUUUUUUAUGUUAUUCAUGGUUUUUUAGUACUAGGUGCACUAUUUUUAAUUCAUAAGUACUACUAAUACCAUUAUUAUGUUUAUAAAUACUAGGAGUCCCAGUAUCAUGUUAAUAUGUACCAACAGUACAAGCAUUUUCAGUAUCAUUUUUCUAAGUACCAGGAGUAACAGUAUCAUGUUUAUAAGUACCGCUAGUACCAGUAUCAUGUUUAUAAACAGCAACAGUACCAGAAGUACCAGUAUCAUAUUUAUAAGUACCAGUAGUAAUUAUAAACAUAAUAGUAGUACUUUUAGUAUUAAUGGUGCUGUUUUAAAGAUCAUAGUGCCAUUUUAAACAUAAACAUUUCCAGACCAGGAAUAUCCGACCGUUUGAUCAAGUCCAAAUCGCAUCGUGACAAAGUAGAAGAACAUGAAACAGAAAUCGCUCGACUAGAAGAGGAGCACCUGAAGAAAGAAGCACUAUUACUCGAGGAAGAAAGGAAAAAAGAAGAAAGAGAACGAUUAAUAGCCGAGAAUCCAGAGUAAGUGACAUUUUUAUGGACAUAACUUUCUUUACACAACAAAAAGGGGCAAAAAAAUUGGUUAUUAACCUUUAGAAAACCCAGUCCUAGUACUAUUUGACUUGGUAGAGGUCUGCGGGUUGCGGUUUUUUCGGUCUUUUUCAUUUUUUAGGCUAAUUGAAGCCAAAAAAAAACUUGUAAGAAGAAAAGGAAAAUACGAAGAUUUAAAACAAUUUUUGCAUGCCCUUAACUUUCAGCAUCCUCCGCCAAGAAGAAGAAGCCGAACGGAAGCGAUUGGAAGAGGAAAAAGCCAGUAAAAGCGUGCUUCGAAAGCUGUUCAAACUCACAAAACGGUCCGAAACCAAGGACAAAGACAAGGAAAGCCCACGCUCCGACGAAUCCACCCCCGCCUCCCCACCCAAAAAGCCCAGUCUUACCGGGCUGAUGAGCUUCCGGCUUCCCAAGUCAUUAACCAUAUCGUCAUCGAACCAGAACGUUCGCAGAACGGCCGAAGAAGCGCGUAAAAUCCAGGAGAAAAAGAUCCGCGAAGCCAACGAGAACCACAAAAAUGAGCCACAAGAGGACUACACCAUGUCCAUGAACACCAUACCCAAAAAAGCACCGCCCAUCAACACGACCAGUGGGAAGGCGGCGUUCGCUGCGGCCCGAAACUCUAGUAGUCCAACCAAAGCGGUGGUCAGCUCCACCAGUAACACUGGUUCAAUGUUCCAAAACCGAAUCUCCAGUCCGAAUGCUGAUUACAUGAUGAUGCGUGAGGAUGAACAAGAUGCCCUCGGGGUGAAUGCCUACAAUUUCGGCGAGAACCGAUGCUUAUCGGAUGAAAGUUGUUGUUCUCCACGUACUCAAACUUCCUCCUUCUCCAAUUCCAUGCAAUCCAGUACGAAAACAGCUCAAACCAACCGUGACCACAGCGCAGACGAGCUGCGUCGGUACGGUCGAAACGAUCGUGCUUACUCGCUCGGCUCUCGACCGGUCAAAAAACAACGAAAUCCCGUUACCCCGCCCUCGAUGCAUCAAAAGAAACACAACUCGGGCAGUGGCUCACUGAAUACAGUAGGCUCGAUUAAGGAAGAGGACGAGGAUACGGUAGAGCUGGGAAAGAAGUCCCACACAGAUGGCAAAAUUAAUGAAAAUGUGAAGAAGGCUCAGGAGAAGCUGUCAAGGUUGGAGCUGGAAGAGCGCAAGGACAAACAUACCGAGCUGGUGGACAUGUUCCGCAACCGUGCCCAUUCGUACGAGAGCUCACAGAGCACGAGAAAGCUGUUGGGAUGGAAGAAGUUGUUCUCGAAGCGCCUCGAACCACAACCUCAGGAGCGAGUUCGAGUCGGUAGUAACGAGAGUGCGUCCAGUCGAUUCUCUGGACCCAGAUGGAACACGACUAGUCGGAGUUCAAUUGUAGGUAGUGAUAAGUCGGUCAAUUUCGAGAACCCAAGAAGCUCGACGUUUGGAAGCGAUAGUAACAAGAAUGCCAUGUUUGGUGGGGAGAACACGAGAAGCUCGACGUUUGGCAGUGACAUGGGCAAAAGUUCGACUUUGGGCAGUGAUAGAUCAGUCCACAAGUCCCUAGGCAGUGACAAAUCAGUCAACAAAACCGAUGAGUCCGACUUUGUCCUAAGCGGCCCACUAAAGCACGACAGUCCACAAUCACGCUCGCGAACCUCAUCCUUUGGCAAAACCGUCGUGGACGCGACCCGAGCUCACAAAGAGAUGCGAGAGAUCAAGCGACGACGUGACGAACAAGCCCGCAUCCGUAGCCGACCGGUCGGUCUUGAUUGUCACGACAACUUUCUCGAACUCUACUCCCGAAGUCUCGAGGAGAACCAUAAACGAGCGAAGGAGGCCAAAGAGAAGCCGAGACGAAGAUCCUUUGACAUUCGUGUUCUGACCAGCUACCGUCGUCGGAAGCCGAUUAUUGAGCUGAAGCGGACGGCUUCGGACUCGGAGCUGGUUAUACCUUCAAGGAUGUGGUUAUGCUUGCCGCUUGACGUUGAUAUCACGAAGAAAUACCGGGCUAUGGCCGCGAAUCAACGCGAAAUGGAUAGUCGAAAUAGGAAGGCUCAAGAUCAUGGUUGGAAAGGUCAAGAUCAUGGAUGGAAACCUCAAGAUCACAGCUGGAAACAGCAAGAGCACGCCAGAAAACAGCAAGAAAACCACUGGAAACAGCAAGAACACAACCGAAAACAACAAGAACAUAAUCGCAAACAACAAGAGCUGGCCAUGGAAAUGAUGCUGAAUGUAGGCCGGAGCACGGCCGCUACAGUACAGCCACAUUCCGUCAGUCAGCCGGUCACACCGUGCGCCGCCGACAACGAUUAUGUUCUGCCGGUUAUGAAGAUUAAGCCUAGUGAAACAAUGUCAGCGAAGCGAAGAAGUCGCGCUACGACAAAUCAGAAGAUGGGGCAGAAUCAGAAGUUCGCUCAGGUUCAACGUACUGACUCGUCGGAACGUUUGAAAGGCAGAGUUCAGCGUACUGACUCGUCGGAACGUUUGAAAGGCAGAGUUCAGCGUACUGACUCAUCGGAACGAUUGAAGGGCCGGGUUCAACGUACUGACUCAUCGGAACGGCUGAAAAUCUCCAGAGGCGAAACUCAUAUGAGACAACAGAAGUCGAACUCGGCGUCCGUGCCGAAGCAACCGGGCAUCGAAAUGAAGCCACGGUGUCGCACGAUGACCAACAAGUUCUUGAGGGAUGAUCAACAACCAGGUCCUUCUGGUCUCAACAAGUACGGUGAGCAAAACUUGUCGCCGAGGAAGGAUACUCACGGUGUUAAGAUGAGGGAGAAUCAACGUGAUCAAGGUUCUGAAAGGCAACGUGAAGCCAGGGAUUCUGUUAGAGACCCAGCCAGCUCACGAGACAGCGGUAGACAACAGCGUGACUCUUAUUCAAGGGAUUCAUACCCUAAAGAUUCAUAUUCGUCUGAUUUCUACCCCAAAGAUUCAUACCUAAAAGAUUCUCAAGGCCGUGAUUCACGUUCAAGCCAACUUAAAGAUGCUCCUGGGCCUUCCAGGGAUUCGGAACGUUACCGUGAGACUCCAAGAGAUUCAGAACGGUAUCGUGAGAUUCCUAGGGAUCCAGAACGGUACCGUGAACCACAAAGAGAUUCAGAACGUUACCGUGAACCACAAAGAGAUUCAGAACGACACCGUGAUGCUCAAAGGAACGCUGAAAGAUAUCAUGAUCAACCGGAACGCUACCGUGAUCAAAGAGAUUCAGGCCGUUACCGUGAUCAACAGAGCGAUUCAGAACGCUUCCGUGAUCCACGAGAUUCAGAACGCUACCGUGAGCCAAAAGAUUCUGAGCGCCACCGUGAUCAGCGUGAUUCAGAUCGCUACCGUGAUCCACGAGACUCAUACCGUGGUCCUUCGCCCACCUCACGAACUACGCCUCAAGCUCGCAAUCGUCUUCGAUCAGACGUCGAUCGUUCCGGCCGCAAAUCACCCUCCCCAUCUCUUCACAGUCAACGUUCCGCUUGCUCGACCAGUCGAAAACAACGAAAUUCCGCUAGCCAAAACCCGGCACAUCAGGGCGGCUUAAAGUCGGUGGCUCGUGUUGCCGCAGCGAACGUGCGUUCGAAUAAGACUGGCGCGGAACGGCGAGCGGCCCAAGCUGAGAAGCAAGGCCUACCGUUAAGGAAGUCGGCGUUUGGGCAGGGGACGAGACGACAAAGUUUUGGAAAGAAUAGUGUUGGCUUCGAUUUUGGGGUAGGUUGCUACUUUUUUAUUAUUUUGGCCGGGGUAGAUUUUUAAAUUGACAGGAGGUCACAUAGGGUAGGGUACUGUAGUGAAUAGGAUAAGGCAUGGCAGUGUAGAGUAGGGUGGGUAUGAUGAGAUAGGGUGGGGUAAGGUAGUGUAGGAUAGGCUUGGGUAGGGUAGGGUAGAAUAGGGUAAGGUAGGGUAGUAUAAGAUAGGGCAGAAUAUUGUACGGUAGGGUAGAGCUUAUGGUACUGUAAAUUUGGGAAUAACAUAAGGCCUAGAGGAUGGUACAGUAGGGUAAUUUAAGAUGGCAUAUGAUAGGGUAGGGCAUAGGGUACCUUAAGGUUGAGAAUACUGUAGGACCUAGGGUAGUGUUGAGCAGGGUAGGGUAGCGAAGGUUAGGUUAGGGAUAUGGUAGGCUAUGAUAAAUUAGGGUAAGGUUGGGUAGAGUAAGGUAGUUAGGGUAUGGUAGAACAUGUGUAGUUUUAUAAUAUGAGUUCUGUAUGGUAGGGUAACACUGUAGGUAAGGUAGGGUAGAGCUGGGACAGUGUAUAUAUGAGUAGGGUUUCUGAGGAAGGCAGGGCUACAGUAAGGUUGAUAUGGGUGUGGAGAAAGGGCAAAAGUAGGUUAGGGAAGAGUAUGGUGCAUCAAAGUAUUAUUUUAAGGCAGGGUAGGUUAAAAAAAGUAAAAAAACCAUUUUCAGAAAUCCAAAAACGUUCAAGACGACUACGUAACCGCCCUCCCAGCCUCGAGUAUCACUCCAAACCAGCCGACUCGUGACGAUCUGGAAGAGUUUGCCCACCGCCAAGGCAAGCUGAAAACGUCGCCAGUCCAGCUGCGCAAAAUCAGCCACUCAUCGACCCACGGCUCACCCGUAAAUCAGCGAAAAACCUCCAGGGAAGACCUGAGGAACCGGAAGAAGAAACCCAAAAGCACCACCCUCAUUUUACCCGCCAAUUUGAAUAACGUCGACUAUGUGGAGGUGCAGCCGGUCAUUAAGAACCUGGAUGGGCCGGGGGUUUCGAGACGGCGACAUCCCAAUUCUGGCUCUUCUGAAGAGUCUGACCUGGAUUAG